AUGGCUAUGGUCGAUAUUGCAGCUGUAUUCGAUUAUAGAAGAAAACUAUACUUUGAAAUUGGUGAAAAAAAUGUCAAGGUUGCUUUAUCGAAUGGAGAGGAUACCUGCUUUCUUCCAUACUUUCAAAGUUGUGCUACAGAGGAUUACCAUAACAUAUUAUGCACUAUUGAUAAAGUCGCCUGCGAAGCGAGCUCUCUAGCUGUUGCAGCGCGCUGUCUAGCUAGCAUUGCGGAUGUCUUAGGUACAAUGGCUGCCUCCGGAGGUGGUCUAAGAAGUGGACCUGCUGCUAACAAGUCAUGGAAACAAGCUUUUCGAUUAUUAGAGGAACUUAAAAUAAAUGAUGGAGUUACGGUCAUGGCAAAAGAAAGAAAAAAUUGGUUAAAGAGGCCUGAUCUAAUUAUACGAGCGGCUCGACAUUAUGAAGGAGCGGAGCAAAUCCUGAUAAGAAAGGCCGUAUCAACUGCAAGCAGGUUUGUUACUACAACACCACAAGAACUACCACCACUGAGCGAAAUCUGGGUCGUAGCUAGUAGUGGCGCUCGCAUAGAUCUCGCAGGAGGCUGGAGUGAUACACCACCUAUAACGUAUGAGCAUGGUGGUGCAGUUGUAAAUGCUGCUGUUACUAUCGACGAUAAGAGACCUAUUGGAGCUAAAGCACGAAGAAUAAGAGACCCAAUCAUUAAAUUGGUACUUAUCGGUGAUAGUAAGACUGUUAUCACUUGCGCUGAGAUCUCAGAUCUAGAAGACUACAAUAAGCCUCAUGCACCGGGAGCAUUAUUGAAGGCUGCUUUCUUAUGCACUGAAAUCAUUUCUUUCGCCUCAUCAACUCCCUUAAAACAACAGCUAUUAGAAAAGUAUUCUGGUGGUUUUGAGCUUCACUCUUGGGCCCAUUUACCACAGGGUUCAGGCUUAGGAACGAGUAGUAUUUUAGCCGGAGCCAUUAUGGCUUGUCUUUUCACUGUUUCCGGUAGAAAAUGUGAUAAUGAAUCAAUUGUACACUCGGUUUUAUACCUCGAACAAAUGCUUACGACUGGAGGUGGUUGGCAGGAUCAGGUUGGAGGAUUAGUAGAGGGUGUCAAGAUUUCUCGGUCGCCACCGAAACUACCGCUGAAAGUUAAUAUCACUAAGCUAGAUACAAAAGAAAGCUUUAUUACAGAGUUAAACAAGCGACUUUUGCUAAUAUACACAGGAAAAACGCGCUUAGCUAAAAAUCUUUUACAGGACGUAUUGCGAGGAUGGUACAGUAAGCUACCAGAAAUCCUUCCAAAUGUUCAUAAUUUAACUAGUAAUGCAGAGAAAUCUGCUAAAGCCUUUAUUGAUGGUAAUUUGGAAUUAGUUGGAAAUUGUCUCAAUGAAUACUGGCAUCAGAAAAAAAAGAUGGCUCCAGGAUGCGAGCCGGCUUUGGUAACUGAAAUUAUGACUGCUUUGAAGCCACAUUCAUAUGGACAAUCUUUAGCAGGAGCUGGCGGAGGAGGGUUUAUGUAUCUCAUUACAAAGGAAGGAAAUUCAAUAAGAGAAGUAAACGCUAUAAUUUCAAAAAUAAAGGGCACUGAAAAUGUUACCGUACAUCGUGGUACAAUAGAUCGUGAAGGUCUCAAAAUAUCUUACGAGCAGCAUAGAUGUGGAGAUUCAUGUUGA